AUGUCGGAGUGUGACGCCGUUGCCGGUGCUGCUGUCGAAGCUGCCGGUAAACCACCAGUGGUCAAGAGUCUGCCGGAAGUGCGCGUGGUGACGUUGCGCGCCGUGAUCCCGAACUACCGAGCGCAGAGGGCGCUCUGGGACCAAGUCCUCGCCUUCACCAGAUCGCAGGGUCUCGCUAUCGCUGGGCCGUGUCUGGCGAUCUACUACGACCAAGGCUACAAGGAGAAGGAUGUCGACGCUGAGGUUUGUCUCCCGAUCGCCAAAGACGCCAAGGUGAAUAAAGACGCGGCCUCAACGUCUUCGAUUCGAGAUCGCGUGCUGUCCGCCGUGCCGCGAGCUGCGUCGGCGGUUCACCUGGGGUCCUACGACGCGCUGAACCCUACCUACACGAAGCUGUAUGAGUGGAUUGGCAAGGAGCUUCUUCAGCCGAAUGCACCCGUGCGCGAAGUUUACCUGUGCAUGAACCCCGAGGACGCCAGCGAAGAAUCCUUCGUGACGGAGAUCCAACAACCUGUUGCGUAG